UUUUUUUUUUUUUACUUUUUAUACUUUGACCCUCUACAUCCCCAUCAUCCAUCUUUCUCCUCUCAUCCAACACUACAUUAUAAUUCAUCAUGCGUGAGAUUGUGCACUUGCAAACCGGUCAAUGCGGUAACCAAAUUGGAGGCAAGUUCUGGGAGGUUAUCAGUGAAGAACAUGGCAUCGACCCCAGUGGUGUCUACAACGGCGACUCUGACCUUCAACUCGAGCGCAUCAAUGUCUACUACAACGAGGCUACUGGUGGAAAGUACGUCCCCCGUGCUGUUCUCGUCGACUUGGAGCCCGGUACCAUCGAUGCCGUCCGUGCCGGUCCCUUUGGUCAGCUUUUCCGCCCCGAUAACUACAUUUUUGGUCAGAGUGGUGCAGGUAACAACUGGGCCAAGGGUCACUAUACAGAGGGUGCCGAGCUAGUUGACUCAGUCCUUGAUGUUGUCCGCAAGGAGGCUGAAUCUUGCGACUGCCUGCAGGGUUUCCAAAUCACACACUCUCUUGGAGGUGGCACUGGUGCCGGUAUGGGUACCCUUCUGAUCUCGAAGAUUCGUGAGGAGUACCCUGAUCGCAUGAUGUGCACAUUCUCAGUCAUGCCUUCACCUAAGGUUUCUGACACAGUCGUCGAGCCCUACAACGCCACCCUGUCUGUCCACCAGUUGGUUGAGAACUCUGACGAGACAUUCUGUAUCGAUAACGAAGCUUUGUAUGAUAUCUGCUUCCGCACUCUCAAACUCACUGCUCCCAGCUAUGGCGAUCUCAACCAUUUGGUCUCUGUUGUCAUGAGUGGUAUCACCACCUCUCUCCGCUUCCCUGGUCAGCUCAAUGCUGAUUUGAGAAAGCUGGCUGUCAACCUGGUCCCCUUCCCUCGUCUGCACUUCUUCAUGGUUGGCUUCGCCCCCUUGACUGCCAAUAACUCGCAGUCAUUCCGUGCCUUGACUGUUCCCGAAUUGACCCAGCAGAUGUUCGAUGCCAAGAACAUGAUGGCUGCCUCUGACCCCCGCCACGGACGUUAUUUGACCGUUGCUGCCAUGUUCCGUGGACGUAUGUCGACCAAGGAAGUUGAUGAACAGAUGCUUAACGUCCAGUCCAAGAAUAGCUCAUACUUUGUUGAGUGGAUCCCUAAUAAUGUCAAGACCGCUGUCUGCGACAUUCCUCCUCGUGGUCUCAAGAUGUCGGUAACCUUCAUUGGUAACUCUACUGCCAUUCAGGAGUUGUUCAAGCGUAUUUCCGAGCAGUUCACUGCCAUGUUCCGUCGCAAGGCUUUCUUGCAUUGGUACACUGGCGAGGGCAUGGACGAGAUGGAAUUUACUGAAGCUGAAUCUAACAUGAAUGACUUGGUCUCUGAGUACCAGCAGUACCAGGACGCCACUGUCGAAGAUGAUGAUGUCGAGUAUGAGGAUGACAUUGCCCAAGAUAUGGAUAUCUAAAGCACUAGAUUCUUUUAAAGUACUUUUCCUUUUUUUCUUUUCCUUUUUCUACGCCUAAUUGAAGUUCAACACAGAUUUUUAUAUCCUUCUAUCAUCCCUUCUCGUAAGAGAAUUAAGCAAAGAAACUAAAACAGAAGCAGAUGAUGAAAAAAAGAUGAUACUGCAUGUCAACCAC